AAAAUUUUAGUGCUGUUUGCCAGCAGUGAUUACUUGUAAACAAGUGGGGUUUAAAAGCUGAUAUGAAAGUUAAUGAUCUAGAAAUAUAGUCAACUAAAUAGUAAUGAGUGAAAUUAUUGGAUAAAUAAGAGAUAUAAUGGAGGGAUGUCCUAAACAACUUAUGAUUAGUUUUGAUUUAAAAGAACCAGUCUCAACAGAAGAUGUUUUCGAAAAACCUUUAAAAAAAUAUAUUCAAGAUUUUUAUCAUGAAGAUCCAAACAGCUAUCAAAAUGAAAUAAAUCAAAUAACCCAAUUAAGAAAGAGUAUUUCAAACAUCCCACAUGAUAAACAAGGAUGCAAUAUUCUCCACAAGUAUUAUGUACAACUGCAAUAUCUACUUGCAAGAUUUCCGAUGCGAGAAGGUGGUGUUGCUUGUACGACUUUCAUUUGGUAUGAUGUUUACAACUUUGAACCAGUGUCCUACAAAGAUAUAAAAUUUGAACAAGCUUGUGUUUUGUAUAGUUUGGCAGGCCUAAAUUCUCAUAUUGGUUCUAAUGAAAAUCGUUUGUCUGAUGAGAGCUUAAGAACUGCUUGUACACAUUUCCAAACUGCAGCUGGAGCAUAUCAGUUUCUGAAAGAAAAUUUUUCUCUUGGAGAAUUUACUGAUAUGUCUGAAGAUAUUCUAACAAUGAAGUAUAAUGUCAUGCUGGGGCAAGCAUUGGAAUGCAUUUUAGAGAAAUCAAUACGUGAUAAUCGUAAUGCGAUACUGAUUGCACGUGUCUGCAUACAGGUUGUUGAGUAUUUUGACGAUGCUGCAAGUUUAUUGGAUAAGCCUGGUACAUCAGAGAUUGCAUCUUCUACAAGAAAGAGUUGGAUUAAACAUUUAAAAAUAAAAUCAUUUUCUUAUCAUGCCCUGGCUUAUACUUACAUGUCAAAUGAUGCUUCAGAAAAAGAGAUGUAUGGUGCAAAGGUUUGUUACUUGCAAGCUGCUUUAAAGAAAAUCACGGAAGCUACCAAGUUGCUUAAGAAACAACCUAUCCAAGUUGUGGAAUCAGUACAAUUUAUGGCAGAUGUUGUUAACCAAAAGUAUGAUGCUGCAAAGAAAGAUAACGAUUUUGUUUAUCAUAUGUUAGUACCUGAACUUUCUUCUAUGGAAGAAAUAAAAGGUGUUAACCUUAUCAAACCAAUACCGUUUCAGUACAAUGAUGCUGCUAUUGCUGGUGUUGACAUCUUUCACAAACUGGUCCCAAUGAAGGCUCAUGAGCUGUCAUCUAUUUACAGUGAGGUUAAAGAUAAUCAUUUGCGAAGUAUCACAAAUCUAAUUGAUGUUAAAAACACUGAAUUAAGCCAAUAUAUGUCUGCUAUGAAUAUUGAAGAACUGCUUAAUCCAAAAGGAGAUUGCCUUCCAGAUGAGUUGGUUUUAAAAAAUCAAUUUCUUCGUGACAACCCUGACAUCAUUUGUAAAGUUGAAAAAGAUACAGAAGAACUCACUGUUUUAACUUCCUCAGUUGAAUUUAUGUUGAAUGAUAUUAAAAAAAUGCUGGAAAGUAUAGUUGAUAGUAAGAGCGAAAACACUGAAAUUUUAAGUCUUAAAGAUGAAUGUGAAAAGUGGACAUCAGCUCAUGUUCAAGCGAGGAAAACAAAUGAAGAAUUAUCUAAACUUUUGGAAGAAAGUAAAGACAAAGUUAUUUUCUUAUCUGGUGAUCCCAAAGUUAUUCUUCAAUCUAUGCCUUCACAAGACAUAAUUGAAGCUCCAAGUGAUGAGCCAUUUGUACAGCGAAUAAGAGAAAUUCUUGGCAAGAUUGAGAAGAUGAAAGAUCAAAGAGCUUACUUACUUUCAAAGUUAAGAGAACAGUUACAUAAAGAUGAUAUUACUAGUCAACUUGUGAUCCGAGGCGAUGAAGACAAAAAAGCUUUCUUUAACGAACAACUUCAAAAGCAUAAUGAAACAACUGAUUAUAUCAAGCAAAACAUUGCAGCGCAAGAAAACAUAUUACAAGCUCUAACUGAAGCAAAUGCAAAAUAUGCAACUGUCAGAGAAAAAGUCGCAAUAAUAAAAAGCAAAUUUCAUAUGCAAGCCAAAACAUACAUUGCAACAAUUGUGUUAUUUUUGGAGCUCAAGGAGAGAAUCAGAGCCGGAUUAACUUUUUAUUAUCAACUAAAAACAAAUGUAGAAUCGUUGUUGCAAAAAGUUGAAUCAAUUUUUAACAAAAAUAAGCAGCUAAAAAAAACAGAACCUCCAACAAGACCAACUGCAUCUAAACCUAUUUUGCUUACUAAUAAAAUCAACCCUAAUCAAGAAUUUUUAUCACCUCAUUCAAAUAAUUCUUACAUACAGAAUAUAUCUACACAAUCAUUUUUACCAUCAAAUAUACCACAGCAUGACCUAAAUGUUAGGUCUAAAGAACAAGAUUUUACAAAUGAAAAGUUAUCGAAUUAUGGUGCAAAUGUACCUCAAAUAGUUAAAAGUUCAUAUAUGUCCCAAGUAAAUAACGUACAAUUUGAUGCAAGGUUUCCAUUGAAUACUGAUAAUAAUAGACCAAUGUUAAGAGGUGUUUCUAGAAUGCCAGUGAACAUUAAUUGUUCAUCAUCGCUUGGUCAGCAACAACAUGUAUGGCCUCAAUCUCCACAACAUUCUCAGUUAAAAUCUUUUGAUCCAACAAAUCAUCAGGAUAUCCUAGCUUCUUCAAGAAAUUCUAAUCAACAGAUACCUUAUAAUAAUACUAAUUUGCAAACAAUGCAUACUUUACCACAUCAAACUUCUUUGAUUCCAAAUUUAAGAGGAACAUCUUGUACAAGAGUUAUGAGUCCAACAGUACUUCAUGAGUCUGCACCACAUAUUAGAUCCAACUUUAUGAUUCAAGACCCACAGCUGCUUAAUCCAUUAAAUGUUUUAAAAAUGAACUCUGAUUUACCUGCAACAAAUCAGUUUACUGGCUCUUUUCAAGUACCUUCAAAUUUAACACCUAGGCAAAUAUCAGAUCAAAGUCAAAUCAGAAUGCAUUUUCAAUCUUAUUUAUCUACUGGCCAGCAGCCAUAUUCCAGUGUAACACAAGUAAAUUUUAGUCCACCUUUGCAAUCACUUCAACGUUUUUCUUUACAUGAUUCUUCAAUGUCAGGGUAUCAACAAAAUAAGUUUCCACAGUCUGAUCUUAGACAGCAGCUAGGAAGUCAACAAAGCUUGAUACAACCACAAAAUAAUAACCAGUAUCUGUCACAACAAGCUUCUAUACAACGUCAUCCUCAGCCUCAAGCAAUUAAUCAAACGAAUUUACAAGAAGAUCGAAAUCAAAAUUACAUUGCAAAACAACAACUGCAUCAACAGCAAUUUCGACAACAACAACAACAACAUAUACCAUUACAGGCUACUUUAAUUCGUCCCCAGUCUGGUUCACAACUAAAUCAAUUUACUUACCAUCCUGAAUCAACACAAUCACAGUUUAACAUGCAAGCAACUCAAAUACCUAAUCAAAUUCGCUCACAACAACACCAAGUUCAUUCUCAGCAACUUCAACAUGGAUCACGGCAACAUCAACAAAAUUACUUUCAAACAGAGUUCCCACGUUCUCAGUUUAAAGAUCAGUUUAUUUUACACAGGUCUCAAACUCCAAAUCAAUUAAAUUUUCAAAGCAAUGAAAUCCAAUCUGUUAAUAACUUCCAACACAGCUCACAAGUAUAUUCUAAUAAAGUUAUUCCACAACCAUAUUCUCAAUUGCAACAACCUAUGAAUCAAGUGGUUUUGUCAUCAUCAGGAAUAUCUAAUCAAAAUUUAAAUGUUGGUAAUUUCGUGACUCCGUCUCAUUUGCAAAAUCUUGGAUUGACAGGGGACGAUCUCAAUGUUAAUCUUCCUCCUCCUUUGAUGCCAGAAAUUGCUAGGGAAUGUGCUGUACCAAGUUUAUUGCAGCAAAAUCGUAAAAUAGAACUUUCAGAAUCUUUUAACAGGGCAGGAACAGAUAUUAAUAAUUUUAAUAAGUCUGCAGUUAUACCCAGACAAAAUGAUGAUUUUCAGAAUACUCAAAAACCUGUUAACUUUUAUCAAAGUUCUCAACAUCCAUUGUUACAGACUGGUCAUAAACAAAAUGUGAAUUCUGAUUUUGACAGGCAUGUUCAUCCUGAUUUUGAGACAAAUUCAAAUUUUAUAAAAGAUAAGUAUUCAAAUAUUGAGUUGCCACAAAACACUGUAUUGCUACAGGACUAUGCAUUACAACCGGACCAUUCAAGACAACAAGAUUAUUUAUUACAACAGAAUCAUACAAGGCAACAGGAACAACAAAAACCAUAUAGUAGUCAAACAAUUCCUCAACAUUUUCAUCAACAAUUAAUUCCAAAUAAACCUCUUCUAAUAGAAAACCAGGUAAUUGUCUCAUCGUUUCAGCCUAUUAACUCUUCUGCUACCACAACUGCUACAAUCCAGUCAUCUUUGUCAUUGGGAAAUGGUGUUUAUUAUUCUUCUUCUACGCAACCAAACAAUUUGACUGUUUUUUAUCCUGGUAAUGUAAUUCCAUCUCAGCCUGGCGGAGUUCUUUACACUGCUAAGCCAACCAUGUCACUUUUGUCUGAUCCAGUUGUAGCAAACAUUCUUGGAAAAAAUGUCUCUACAACAGAUAUCUCUCAACUUGGUUUUCAGCAGUUUCAACUCCAACAAAUUGUUUUACAGCAACAGCAACUAAUUACCAUGGUGCAAAGUCAACAAAAUAUUCUUCAUAACGAAGAAAAAAUUAAAAUUGAAACCUUGCAAGGACAAAUCGUUGAGCAGCAAAAGUUGAUAGAAAGUUUUUUAAAGCAAAAAAAAUUAGCAGAAGAUAUGGAUCUAAAUGUUAAAUCAAAGCAUCCAGAAACAGAGAAGAUUAUUUUAGAACAACAAAUAUUCAUCAUGAAAAUGCUUGAAGAAAUAAAUGAAAGAAAUAAAGUACAAAAUAAUAUGCUUGAGAAAGACAGUCAUGAUGACGAAGAAGCAUUUGACAUAUUAAAAAAUAAAAAAGCUUAUAAUAUACGCACUGAAAAUCAAAGUAAAAUGCUUUCAGAUAUGCCUCAAACUGAUGAAGUAAAAAAAGAAGAUGACAUUUCUGAUUUAUGUAUCAAUAGUAAUGUAGAAAUGAUAAAACGUUCUAUAUAUAACAAUGAAUGUCUUGAGAGCAAUACUUCUGACUAUCCUUCUUGUUCACAAAAGCAAACAGAUUUUAUUGUUGAUAAAGAAAAUAUUACCGCACAAUCUAUCGAUCCUGCUAACAGUUUAGUUUUGAAUAUUUCAAAACCAUUUUAUGAACCCAAGACUGAUGUAAACAUAAACUGUGAGGAUUUGGUAGCCAUAGAUACAACUGUAUCUCCGGACUCGAUAAGUAAAACUUCUAAAAAUCAAAACAUGGAGACAGAUAAGUCUGUUUCAGAUCCUUUUGUAAACAAUGAUAAACUCUUAAUAAAAAGUUCAAAACAAGAUGUUAGUCAACAGAAAAUUAUUGCUUAUUGUGACCAUUCUCCUGUCAGAUCAGAUAAACUUAUAUUAACAUACACACCAUCUUUGUCGCCACCAUCUUACUCAGCAACUAGUGAAACAGAAAAUAAUGAUAACACUUCAAUGAACAAUUCAGCAGAUGAUGCAAGUGUUGCAUCAGAUAAACAUGUAUCUCAAAAUAAGAUUUGUGAAGUUCAAGAAGUUAAAGCUGAUCAUAUUCAUUCACCAUUAAUCCAGACUGAUUUAAUGAAAGAUAGCAACUUUGACAAUCUUCCAAUAAUUCAAGCAGAUAAUAUUGAUGCAGAUCAUGAAGAUGUUCAUGAAGAGGGGAAAAAUAUAAAAGAAGAUAUUUCUAAUUUAACUGCCUAUCGCCAAAGUCUUGAGCGGCAAAUAGGUCAUGUAUCAUUUUGUGGUACAGAACCAAAUGAAUCAGCACGACAAGCAUACAUUGAUGAUUUGGAUAAUUCAGUAAGCUCAUUACAAGCUAAGUGCCGUACUUUAUGUGAGCUGUUACCACACGAUAAAAAUAUAGAUGGGUUUACAAGCAUUUGGAGAGACUUGGAAAAAGUGGAAGAGUUAGACAUAUCUAAUUACACUACAGAAGCAGGGGAAAUCAAUGUUACUAAGAACAGAUAUAGAGAUAUUCUACCUUGGGACCACUCACGAGUACAUCUAAUGUCAGUGCCUGAUGAUUAUAUCAAUGCAAGCUUUGUUGAGAACUUGACUCCUUUUUCUCCACGUUACGUGGCAACUCAAGCUCCAAUACCACAAACAUUUGAAGACUUUUGGGUAAUGGUGUGGGAACAAAAUGCAUCAGUAAUUGUAAUGUUGACUAAUGAAGUAGAAGGUCAAAAGUUAAAGUGCCAUCCUUAUUGGAACAGAAAUAUUGACGAACCUGUGGAGUAUGGAAUAAUAGCUGUAAUAUUAUUGAGUGAAAAUAUCAAUCCUUCAUGGAAAAUAAGAACUUUUAUGAUAUUCAAUAAAAAGGAGGAUAGUACCCGUGUUGUUAAACAUCUACAGUUUACCUCGUGGCCAGAUUAUGGAACGCCAGAAACGCCAAAUGAUUUGUUGAUUUUUAUGGAUGAAGUUUAUCAAUUUCAUAUGUCUUAUGAUCCAUCAACUCUCUAUCCUUUAAUCUUGCAUUGCAGUGCUGGUGUAGGAAGAACAGGAACAUUCUGCUGUUUGUAUUCUGCUAUACAUGAGAUUCGAGGCCAGAAUGGUUUGAUUGAAAUUCCUGGUGUUAUUCGAAAGUUGCGUCAGUGCCGACCACAUAUGGUGCAAAGAAAGGAACAGAUGAUAUUUUGUUAUCAAGCUAUCCUUCAGUUUGCACAACAAUUCUUGGCUACAGAGCGAACUUUAUUGGAGUCAUCAGAAGAGUCCUCGAUCGAAAACGCAGUACGUACUUUAAAUGUAUGUACUUUAGAAUCGAUUUCUAAGUGCGCUUCUCCGGAAGCAGUGUUUAUUACUGAUCGUCAAGCCUCCAUUUUGCACCCAUCUUGCACCCAUUUAUCUCAAGAUACUGUUGUAGAUUGCGAUAAAGUAAACGCAUCUAUAAACAAUAAAGAGAAUGUCUCUACAAACAAUAAAGUAAAUCGGUCUAUAAACGAUACUGAUAAUUAUGAUCCAUCAUUAAAACUUCAAAUCGGACAUACUUAUAAUACUCAAAUACAACAUUCAGAUAUAGAAACUGAGAAAGAAUCUCAGAAAGAUUUAUUAGAAGGUGUUUCAAAUACUGGCCAUUUAAAAAAAGAUGAUUUAGCGAAUGAUAUCAUUUCAAAUGCUCCAAAAUUUAAAAUAAAUUCAGAAAUAUUUUCUCCUAAAAACUCUUUAUCUGAUUCGGAUAAAAGCUCACUUGAAGAAAAUCAGAUUGAAAUUGAAAACGAUAUUUCUCUAAACAAUUUCAUCGAUAAAUCAGAUGAAAAAUAGAUUUACUUAAUACUUUUUUAUCUUUGGAUAUAAAUAAAAUUGUUAGUAUUUAUAAAAUUCUUCGUUUUCUUAUUCUUAAAACUUAUUUAUUACUGGAAAAAAAAAGCUGAUUUUCUUUAAAUACAUUUUCUUCAUUUUUGUAUAUUAGGUUUUAUCUAAAUUAUCCACUUUUAAGAGAUGAUUUACUAAAUGUUUUUUUACGCUUGUUUUAUUUAUUUAUCUUAUAUGCAUAUUACUUUCUGUUUUUUUUUUUUUUUUUUUUUUUUAAAAGGUUUUUAAAAAAUGUGUAUAUAGCUAAUUUUUAUAGGGAUACCGCUGUACCGGAUGUAGAAUCAUCAGAGAUUUUAGAAGCCUCAUAAUAUUAAAAAAUCUGUUUAAAUCUUGUAAAAUAAUAAAUUGUUUUUCUUUA